UUGUCGAUUUUUUUCCAGGUGUCACAACAUACAUAGAAGUCUAACAUUUUCCAAAUUCUUGUCGUAAUUGUCAGACCGAAACGAAAAAUUCCCCGUUCCCCGUUUCCCGUUCCACUCAUCACCAUCCCUAUCCACCCGCGUAGUAACACGAAAGUCGCGAUGUCCGCAAUCCUGCUGCUGGUAAUUUUCCUGGGUCUAUUCCUUCUGCUCGCCGCAUUGGGUACUCUGCACCGCCGCAUCUUCACCGGGAGUAGUAGUAGAGGUAGCAACCAGCUGGCCCUGGUGCCGGCGGCGUCAGGCGUUCAAAGAGGAGCCCUCUACGAUCCCUUGGAGCAGUCGUCGUGGCACAAAUCAAUCCGGCCGCAUAUACGCUUUCUGGCUCGCUACAUUCACGUGCCGCCGGAUUUCGGCGUGGUAAUGCCCGAGGAACUGUAUCGCCACAUGCAGGUGCUGGCCAUGCUCCAGGAUCAGUUCCGGGCGGGCCACUUGCAAAGGAGUCCAGUUUCCGGUUCCGUGACGGAUCUCGAUCGUUACCGGAAUUAAUGAAGAGGAUGCAACAGCUAGAUGGGAUAGGCAGUCAAUUUGUUAAGCCCCAUUCCUGAAACUCUCUUCGCUGUUCAUUGGCUGUUUAUUUUGUUGACGCAACUGCAAAUACCCGGGGAAAAUGAUUAGGUAAUUUAUUAAUAUCGACCGUUGGCUAAGUGAACUGAACGUCGACUACCGCGACAUCUUGCAACACAAUGUCGCGCCAUGACUUGUAUUGAAACCCAAACCCACACUGCUUCACUGUGGCCAAAUAAAUGGAACGCCCGUGCGCCAAGGGGAAAUCAUGAGGCUUGGCUUUCCCUGGCGUCCAAGGACCAAGGACUCGCCAGGGAGCGACGCCAGGACUCCAAGUCGCAAGGAGGAAACAGGAGGAUUGACAUGUAACUGUUUGUCACACAAAAUUAGCGUCGGGCGUCGAGUGCCGACUGCUGAGUGUCGGCCACAUCAUUUAUCAAUGUAUCAAUUGUUAGGCGACAGGCGACAAUAAAAACAAAGCCACUCCAGUUGCGAGC